AGCUGGAGGAGGAGAUGGAGAACCCGGAGUUGAACCCAGUUGACCUGCCAGAGAAACAGAAACACCAGCUGAGACACAGAGAAUUGUUCCUGUCCCGCCAGCUAGAGUCAUUACCUGCUACACACAUCCGGGGGAAGUGUUGUGUCACUCUGCUCAAUGAGACUGAGGCUCUGAAGUCAUAUCUGGACCGGGAGGAUGCGUUCUUCUACUCCCUGGUCUACGACCCCCAACAGAAGACUCUGCUGGCUGAUAAAGGGGAGAUCAGGGUGGGGAACAAGUACCAGGCAGACAUCACAGACUUUCUCAAAGAGGGUGAGGAGGAUGGCAGGGACCUGGCCAAGCUGGAGGAGAGGGUGUGGGACCCCAGCAGUCCCCUCACAGAGAAACAGAUCGACCAGUUCCUGGUUGUGGCUCGGUCAGUGGGUACCUUUGCGCGGGCUCUAGACUGCAGUAGUUCUGUCCGGCAGCCCAGUCUCCACAUGAGUGCUGCUGCUGCCUCUAGAGACAUCACCCUUUUCCAUGCCAUGGACAGCCUGGAUAAGACGCGUUAUGACAUGACGCGGGCCAUCGCUGCGCUGGUUCCCCAGGGAGGGCCUGUUCUCUGCCGGGACGAGAUGGAGGAGUGGAGCGCCUCCGAGGCCAACCUGUUUGAAGAGGCCCUGGAGAAAUAUGGAAAAGACUUCACAGACAUACAACAGGACUUUCUCCCCUGGAAGUCCCUGACCAGUAUCAUAGAGUACUACUACAUGUGGAAGACCACAGACAGAUACGUACAGCAGAAACGGUUAAAAGCAGCCGAGGCAGAGAGCAAGUUGAAGCAAGUCUACAUCCCCAACUACAACAAGCCCAACCCCAACCAGCUGAGUGUUAACAGUGUAAAGCCUGGAGGUGUGGGAUGCCUGGUGAACGGCUCCGGGGCUGGAGCCGCAGUCGGAGCCGGGGGUUUGCCUGGAGCCCUGGGGGUGAUAUCAGUUCCCCCAGGACAGACCCCAGGUCUGGGCCGCGCCUGUGAAAGCUGCUACACCACCAGCUCGUACCAGUGGUACUCGUGGGGUCCCCCCAACAUGCAGUGUCGUCUGUGUGCCUCCUGCUGGACCUACUGGAAGAAGUAUGGAGGACUGAAGAUGCCAACCAGACUGGAAGGAGAGCGACCUGGACCCAACCGCAACAACAUGUCUCCUCACAGUGUUCCCAUGCGUCACGGUGGGAGCCCCAAGUUUGCUGUGAAGACGAAACAGGCCUUCUACCUACAGACCACCCAGGUGACACGCGCUGCCCGACGGGUUUGUCAGGACAUCAUCAGACCACGCUUCCUCGCCCGACACCCUUACCUCCCUCUCAAUACAGUCCAAAUCAAACAAGAGUGUGCGCUGCGGUUGCCAGACGAGCCCAAAAAGCCCUUGCCGCUGAAGCCAGUUGAGAGGAAGCCUCUGGAGUCUGUUGUCCGAUAUCUAGAGGCCCACCCGUGCCCUCCCAAACAUGACCCCCCGCGUGGCCAGACGGUCACCACGGGUAGCCUGACACCCAUCAAGUCCACACCCAACAUUCUCAACAACGGCUCGCCCACCAUCCUGGGCAAACGCACCUACGAGCAGCACAACGGCAUUGAUGGUAUGAAGCCCAAAGCCCCUCAGUGGGAUAUCAUGGCCAAGAGGACAGCUGAGCCAGGCCGGACCACCUCUGCCCCUAUGCAGCAGGUACAUGAACUGGACUGACUGACCACAGCAGGAACCUCACUACAACCUUUACACAAGGUAAAUGGAAUGUAUUUUUCCACAUCCAGAGAUGCAGUUGGGGGGAUUUGAGUGGAGGAGGGCUGACAGCCGCAGCACCGUCAUUGAUUGUCCAUCAUCUCACCCAAUCAGCACGAGCCUGCAAAACUGUCAAAGACCAAUGGACCAAUUUGUCUUUGGGAAUGGAAGGAAUGGCUCUAAGGCUUUGGCCUAUCAGAAGACUUCCUGACUCUACAGGACUGUGUUUAUUACCUAACCUUGUUAUUACUGUCAUUAUUGUAAUUAUAAUUUUUUUUGUUUUUUACCAACUAUAACCCGACAGCUUAUCAGUUUAAUUGUUCAUUAAAAAAACGAUAACUUAAAGUUGCAUGACAACUUCUUGGCGUUGUUGCGUGGAAAACCCCUGUGGAAAAGGGUGAAAGAACGACUGUGUAUUGUAAUAUAAGCCAUUUUGCAUUUUUAUUUUUUACAUGUUUAUUAAAUACACAAGGAGACAAAGAUUAAUUUCAAUGACAUAAGAAUAACUCCUUGGUUGUUAAUUGUUUCAUUUAUUCUUUUGAAAGCUUCUAGAGUUUUCUGAAUCUGUUUUGUGAGCAGGCCCGACCCUAUUUGGCCCGAGAGGUUUAACUUAUUGAGAAAGACUGAAACAUGCUGUUGUUUUCUAACUUUUUCACAAGUGAUGCAUCUAUGCUUCAAUGAUGUAAUUAAAAAGAUGAUUGA